AUGGCAGUUUUCUCUUCUGACCGGAAGUUGUACAAGUAUGACGUCACAAACACUUCAGCAGCGACCCCUUUGGAACCGGAAGGAAUAGUCCAAGCAGACGGCUAUGAGCCACAGCGAGUUCUCACAGUGGUCAAUGGUUCAAUGCCCGGACCUGCUAUCGAGGUGUAUGAAGGUCAAACGGUGAUCGUCCAUGUUAAGAAUCACCUCCACAAUGAGGGCUUAUCAAUCCACUGGCACGGCCUUCAUCAAAAAGGUACCCCACACAUGGACGGCGUGGCUUUCAUAACACAAUGUCCUAUACUUCCGGGUCAGUCGUUCACCUACAAGUUCAAGGCCAAACCCAAGGGCACUUUCUGGUAUCAUUCACAUCUGGGAAACCAGAGGACCAAUGGAGUUCUGGGUGCACUGAUCAUCAGAGAGAAGAAGCCACUAGCGAUGGAGGAAAUGAUAAUGGUGCUACAGGACUGGAACCACGAUGACUCAAAUUUGAUACACUUAAAGUCGGUUCACGGGGGAUUUGAAGACCGAAAAGAACUUCCAACAACAGAUGCGCUCGAUGGCUCCCACUUUAGCCGUUUUUUCAUGAAAAGUGCUCUUAUUAACGGCAAGGGUCGUCUCUAUGAUACAAACAAUCGUCAUAAUGGCGCACCCCUCACUGUUUUCAAUGUACGGCCAAACACACAGUACAGGUUCCGGGUGAUCGGCGCCGGCCAUCUCUACCCGUUCCGGGUGUCCGUGCACGAUCAUGAUCUGACAAUCGUGGCGUCCGACGGGUAUGACCUGCGUCCAGAAAUCGCAGAAUCCUUCAUUAUCAACCCCGGUGAGCGGAUCGACUUCAUCAUCAACACCAACAACGCUGUGGACAACUACUGGAUUCUGGCGCAGAGCAUCGAAAAAGGCGUGGAUCACAAAGCGGAAGCUAUUCUCAGAUACGAAGGAGCGCCUGAUGCAGAACCAACUACAUCAAGAAGAACAUGCACAGCGGCUCUUCCAUGUCGAGUUGUCAACAGCCCCUUCACCAACUUCCCUAUAAGUAAUACUAAAACAGUGAGGUUCGACGAGCUCAAAUCUUUGCCUGAUGACGAUCCAGCUCCUCCGAUAACUCCUGGCAAGUUCAAAGAACACUUCCUCAACUUUGGUUUUCCUGGCUAUAGUCAUUUUCCAGGUCAAGUGAAUGGACAUAAAUUCAAGAUGCCUGUCGUCUCAGCUCUGUCCCAGAUUGACGAGGUUGACACAUCAUGCAGCAGAGAAGAUUGUGGGUUCAACAAGACGUGUCAUUGCACCUUCACACUUAACCUGAAGUACGGAGACACCGUUCAGCUGGUGUUCCUCAACAUGGGCAACGGAUGGGGGUGGUCUCAUCCUAUUCAUCUCCACGGCCAUUCCUUCUACGUGCUCAAGAUGGGCUAUGCAAUACAAAAUAGUUCCACGUAUCAAGUCGCAGGCAGCAAUCCGGAUAUAAGCUGUAACGGAGAUCCUUUUUGUAAUGCAGCUACAUUUGCAAACUCUGCAUGGACGGGAGAUAACAUUCCGGGUCUGGAGCUGAAGAACCCCCCGCGGAAGGAUACCAUAAUAGUGCCAACUGGUGGUUAUGUGGUUGUGAGAAUCCGCGCUGACAACCCUGGCGUGUGGUUCAUGCAUUGCCACAUUGAGAUGCACAACGCUGACGGGAUGGCCAUGAUGAUCAACGAAGCUCAGGACAAGCAUCCUGCUCCGCCAGAGAACUGGCCUCGAUGUUCGGAAUUUGGUCCGGAUGUGAUAUACAAGACGAAACCUAACGGAUCAGAAAAGACCAACCAUACUGCCAAGACAAGCACCAACCCAUUGGUUGUCCAGCAUGACGUGUUCUGGAGUGUGGUUGGCUGUCUGAUCGGGGUGUGCGCCAUACAGUUCGCCAUCCUGCUGUACCUGUGCUGCCGGCCACAGGGAUCUAACCGGAAGACGUCCAACAUACAGAAUACACCUGACCCGAAACUGAACCAUGCUUUUGAAAAUGUUGAGGUGGAACUGAAGGGUAAACACUAUGUUGACAGAAUGUAA